UCAGUCAAAGAACAAGAAGAUUUUCUGAAGUUGCCUGUAGGCUAAAGACUUCUGCUCUUCAGUCAUGCACUAUUAUCUCGGUCAGGCAAAGCAGGUAAAUGCCGGGCCUGCUGAAUGAAGGCGAGCAGAAGCACGUGGACAUCAGAGGUUCUGUUUAACUCAUGAUGCCGACGUCCACGCGGAAGGGGGGACUGAAAGACCCGGAGUUUGCCAACCUCUUUUUCAAAGAUGACCCAGAAGAAGUCUUCUGCGACCUACACGAAAUUGGCCAUGGGAGUUUCGGAGCAGUGUACUUUGCCCGAAACUCCUAUUCCAACGAGGUGGUGGCCAUUAAGAAGAUGUCCUACAAUGGCAAGCAGACCACCGAGAAAUGGCAGGACAUCAUUAAAGAGGUGAAAUUUUUGGAACAGCUGCGACAUCCAAACACCAUUGAAUACAAAGGCUGCUACUUGAAGGACAACACAGCAUGGCUUGUGAUGGAGUAUUGUCUCGGCUCUGCUUCAGACUUGUUAGAGGUUCACAAGAAGCCUCUCCAAGAGGUUGAAAUUGCUGCCAUUACCCAUGGUGCCUUGCUAGGACUGGCUUACCUACAUUCCCAUAACAUGAUCCACAGAGACGUGAAGGCUGGUAAUAUCCUGCUGACAGAGCCUGGUCAGGUCAAACUGGCGGAUUUUGGCUCUGCUUCCAUUGCUUCUCCUGCCAACUCCUUUGUGGGAACCCCAUAUUGGAUGGCUCCAGAAGUGAUUUUAGCUAUGGAUGAAGGCCAGUAUGAGGGGAAGGUGGACGUCUGGUCUCUGGGGAUCACUUGCAUAGAGCUGGCUGAACGCAAGCCUCCUCUCUUCAACAUGAACGCUAUGAGUGCCUUAUACCACAUCGCCCAAAACGACUCUCCCACCUUACAGUCCAAUGAGUGGUCGGAUGCAUUCCGGAGUUUCGUUGACUACUGCCUACUAAAAAUUCCUCAGGACAGACCCUCCUCAGCAGAGCUCCUGCGGCAUGAGUUCGUGAGGAGAGAGCGUCCUCCACGGGUCCUCAUCGAUCUGAUCCAGAGGACGAAGGAUGCGGUCAGAGAGCUGGACAACCUGCAGUAUCGUAAAAUGAAGAAAAUCCUCUACCAAGAGAAACACAACGGCCCAAUGGGGGAGUCUCAGGAAGAGGAGGAGGAUGGCGAUCAGGCAGGCUGUAAGAUGAACAGUUUGGGCAGUAAUCAUUCCAUCCCCAGCACCUCCGUGAGCACCGGCAGUCAGAGCAGCAGCGUCAACAGCCUGCAGGAGGUGCCAGAUGACUCCUGCUCCGAGCUGCACCACGACUACGACAGCACCCUAGAGUCUUCCACGCACCACAAAAAGGUCCCAGACACAUACACACCGCCAGAAAUCACCACAAGUUUUAAGGAUCAUCAGUAUAUCCGUGAUGACCUUCCUCAUCGGGACCACCGGUCGGACCUGCGACCGUCCUCGUCGGAACGAGCUCAGGCUCAUAACUAUAAAAACCGCGAGCGCUUCGCCACCAUCAAGUCAGCCUCACUGGUAACACGUCAGAUUCAUGAACAUGAGCAGGAAAAUGAGCUCAGAGAGCAGAUGUCGGGGUACAAACGCAUGCGACGGCAACACCAGAAGCAGCUGAUCGCUCUGGAGAACAAGCUGAAGGCAGAGAUGGAUGAGCACAGACUGAAGCUCCAAAAAGAACUGGAAACCCACGCCAACAAUGCCUUCAUUGAGCUGGAGAAACUUGCCAAGAAGCACGCCAUCCAAACAGACAAAGAAAUGAAAACACUGGCAGCUGAUGAGAAGAAAUUCCAGCAGCAAAUCAUGGCCCAGCAGAAGAAAGAGCUCACCAACUUCCUUGAUAACCAGAAGAAACAGUAUAAGCUGUGCAAGGAGAAAAUCAAAGAGGAAAUGAGUGAAGACCACAGCACACCUAAGAAAGAGAAGCAGGAGAGGCUGUCCAAGCACAAGGAGAACAUCCAGCACUCUCAGGCUGAAGAGGAGGCUCAGCUUCUGGGUCAGCAGAGGGCUUUCUACGAUAGGAACUGCAGAGCCUUCAAACGCAAGAUCAUGGUCAAGAGGCACGAGUUUGAGCAGGAGCAGUUACGAGAGGAGUUGAAUAAGAAGAAAACCCAGAAGGAAAUGGAGCAUGCUAUGUUGAUCAGGCAAGACGAGUCGACCCAAGAACUUGAGCACAGACAGCUGAAGACGCUACAGAAACUUCGCAUGGAUCUGAUCCGACUGCAGCACCAAACAGAGCUGGAGAACCAGAUCGAGUACAACAACCGGCGAGAAAGAGAACUGCACAGGAAACAUGUGCUCGAACUACGGCAGCAGCCCAAGAACCUCAAGGCUAUGGAGCUCCAGAUAAAGAAACAGUUCCAGGAUACGUGUAAAGUCCAGACAAAGCAGUACAAGGCCCUGCGGCACCAUCAGCUAGAGGUGACCCCCAAAAGCGAGCACAAGACGGUGCUGAAAGCCCUGAAGGAUGAGCAGACGCGCAAACUGGCCAUCCUGGCUGAGCAGUACGAGCAGAGCAUCAAUGAGAUGAUGGCAUCACAAGCACUCCGUCUGGAUGAGGCUCAGGAGGCCGAGUGCCAGGCACUGAGGCAGCAGCUGCAGCAGGAGAUGGAGUUACUCAAUGCGUACCAGAGCAAGAUCAAGAUUCAGACCGAGGCUCAGCACGAGCGCGAGCAACAGAAACUGGAGCAGAAAGUCUCACUGCGCCGAGCACACCUUGAACAGAAGAUUGAGGAGGAGCUGGCUUCUCUUCAGAAAGAGCGCACUGACCGAAUCAAACACCUGCUGGACCGUCAGGAGAGAGAAGUCGACGCCUUCGACAUGGAGAGCCUUCGUAUGGGUUUCAAUAACUUGGGUGCUUUGGACUACCCUAAAGAUGACUACAGAUGAGACCAUAACACUCCACCGUCCUCCCUCUUUCCUGCUCGUCCACCUUUUUUGUUUUUGUUUUUGGAACAAAUCUGCUGUUUUUUGCUACUGACAGUCCUAUCAAUCCUCUGGGCUGGUGCCUGCACAGGCCUUACAAAUUUCUAGACACGUCAUGGGAUAACAUGCUGGAUAACGUCCUUUAGUUGUCUCUUUUUAUAUAUAAAUAUUAUAUACGAGACGAUUAAAUCUGUCAGUGUUGAUGUCAAUGUUUUCUCGUGCAAUGAUAACACUUUCAGUGUAAUUGAAAUGAAAAAAAUAGAGAUUUCAAGACAAAAGCAAUAUGAACGGGGGGUUUGUAUUGCUGAUUUUAAUCCAGAUGCACUUGUGCACAUUUUUUUGUUUUUGCUAAUUUUUUUGACAGGCUGUGUGAUUUAAGAAUUUUUUUAAACAGUUUUUUGUUUUUUGCAGCCUCCUGCCUCUUGCUGCUUGAAUCUCUAUUUGGUAUUUAUUCACCCAGAGAAAAUGGAAAAAAUACCUUUUAUGAAGUAUUGAAGAAAUUUGAUAAAGUUUGCGUAUUAAAAAAAUGUACAUAUUUGAUAGUUGCAUCUGUGACUCUGAGAUUCUUAUGGUAAUCGAAUAUGAUUUUUUUUUUUUUUCCUUUUGUUGUUUUUUUUGGGAGAACCCGCUGCAUUCAUAUGUACGAUACCGUAAUU